UGUAAUGUGAAUUUACCCUUUAGCGAAGUCAGACUUUGGGUUCACCUUGCCUUGUGUUGUCUACAGGGAGAUUCAGGUUCAUCAGAUGAUUGGGAAGGGGGGCUCUUUAAUUCUUUAUUUCUCAGCCAUUUAUCCAAAAUUCCUGCUGCCUCCUCUCCCACCCACUGUUUUCCUCUGCUAAAGGAUAUAAGGCCCUAGUAUCUUUUGUUGUCUCUUGUGCAAAAAACCAGUUCUGAAGAGGUGUGAUUCAGAAUGACUCAAGAAGAAGGAUGUAAUCAAAUCCCCUCUUCUUCAACCCCCCGGUCCACCACUCACCUUGGUUGCCUUACCUGAUUUUUUUAAAAGCCAUUGAGGAUAGAAAAUAGCAAAAGAGCUACACUUCUGAUUAUGAUUAAAACUUGAUUGAUUUGUUACCAAAGCAACUCAAAGCGACUUACAAUAAAUAAUCAAACACAUACAUUGAAACCAUCAUAAAACAAAACAUAGGAAAAUCUAAAAGAAAAUCCUCUUCAUAUAAGGCAGGAUUGAAACAUCCCGCCCACUCAAAGAGGCCACUGAUAUUUAAGAGCCAAAUGCCUGGUAAAAAAGAAAUGUUUUUGCAUGGCACCUAAAGCUAUGUAAUGAUGGUGCCAGGUGAUCUUCCCUUUGGAGAACAUUCCACAAGUGGGGAGCCACCAGUGAAAGGGCCUGUUCUCAUGUUGCUACCUUCCAAACCUCACAAGAAAGGGGCACACAUAGAAGGACCUCAGAUGAUGAUUGCAGAGUCUGGGUUGGUUUAUAUGGGAAGUGGCAGUCCUUGAGGUAUUGUGGUUCUGAGCCACAUAAGGCUUUGUGGGUCGAAAACAGCCCUUUGAAUUGGGUUCAGAAACUAAUUAGCAGCCAGUGCAGUUUGGCCAGGAUUGUUGUUAUAUGCUCAAACUGUCCUGCUCUAGUGAGCAACCUGGCCACUCAAUUCUGCACCAGCUGCAGUUUCUGAAUUUCCUUCAAAUGAGAUCAUCAGCAUUGAUCUUCUCAACUCUUUUUUAGUUUGGUGAGAACAUUCACCAAAGAGUUGCCAAAGAAUUGAUUGUCUUGAUUAUUCUUCAAGAAAAUGCAAAGACCAAAGUGUUGUGUGGCACUACAGCCUGUAUAGGUCUACUCUGAAUUAAAUCCCACUUGAGUUCAAUAUGGCUUGGUUCCAGGUAAGUGGCUAAAGGAUUGCAACUUAAUCUGAAGUAAGUUCCAGUGAGCUCAAUGGAUUUCUUGUCUGGUAAGUAUGUGCAGGAUUAUAGUUACCUUUUGAGCUGUCAUUGGCAAAGCUCUGCUUCAUCAUGUGCCAAAAACACCUUAAACUAGGAUGCAGAUACUUAAGCUUGAAAUCCUCAAACACAGGAUAGAAUAUUUGAUCAGUGAAGUAUUUGUUGAUUUCAUUAUGAAAAUGUUCCUUCUGCUAAGGUGUUUUAUUUUUAAAAGAAUCCUACUGCUUUCGCUUCCUUUAUAGAUCCAAAUGUUUGUCAUUUUUAAUCUGCCAGAAUAUUAAAGAAAGAUCUGACAGUUUAAUGUCAUCUUAUUCCCAGGUUGCUAUUCUGUUGUCAUUGCGAUUUUGACUAAGCCAAGGCAUACGUAGCUGAAGAAAUUUCUCUAGUUUUCACACCAUUGGUGGUGUGGAACUAUUUGAGCUCGUUUCAUGGAAUAGUGCAUGUAGUAAAUCAUUCUGCAAGUGAAAAGCAUUCCCUGCCAAUUGAAUUGCUUACAGACUUUUCAAAGUGUUAAGUACUCACCAAAUUUUAUCCAACUCAGUCUGGAAUAGUAAGACUUUUUUCAGUCUUGCAGUCAUGUUUCUGUUCAGUUUUGCUUACUAAAUCACAUAGCAAGCUUGCAUGGUGUUGUUUGGUGAUACUCUCACCUUAAAACUGUUUGAAAAUGUCAUAGUUAAAAUGGAGGAAUGGCAUAUGUGGUAUUCUUGCAGAUUUGAUUGAUGUUAGUCAUUUGUACUGAUCUUUAGACCAUCUUCUGCUCAAGGGUGCUCAUUCUUUAGCGUUCAAGUGCUUAAUAACUUCAUCCUGUCUCAAAUUAACAUUCUCUUUUCACAGUUUACUGCCAUGAACGUUUUCAAUUAGCUAUGGAGCGGGAACUCCCAGGGCACUUGCAAGAGAUCAACAGACAGAUGUUCAGAUCAAGGAAACUCUGCAUUGGUGCACAGGGAUGACUUCAUCCCUAAUCGCCUCUGCUAAUAGAGUGCAAGCACAGCUGAGACAAAUGUUUCAGAUAUUAUGGAAGAAGGCAACAGUAUUACAGCAGUAGUCUCAAACAUUGGGGAACCGGAAGCUGUACUGACCUCCGAAGCAGUUGUAAGCCCAACUUCAGAAAGUGGUGAAGACCAGAGAAAGUGUAACCCUGACCCACUAAUCCAGGUCAUCCAAAAGCUAAGCAAGAUCGUUGAGAGUGAGAAGUCACAAAAAUGCCUUUUAAUAGGGAAAAAGCGCUUGCAUCCUGAUGUGUCCCUGCUGUCACUUGACUCACAAAACCUCCCAGAGAUCCCAGGUAAAACCAUUGAACUGCCUGCCCUGGGCACAAUAAAUAUAGAAGAUUAUUAUGUAACAGACUGUCCUCCGCAGAAUAAAAGGAAGGUGGUUUGCUACCAAUGCAGUCUCUGUAAAUCUCUGUCUCCCACUCUCCCUCUCUUAAAAGAACACGUGAAACAACAUGGCCAGCAGAACGAAGUAAUACUUAUGUGCUCAGUGUGCAAUUUUGCCAUGAGAAGCCUAGAAGAGUUUGAAGCUCAUGUGAGGCAUCACCCAGAGAACAGUAGCAAAGCACACACUCUUUCAAAGGAGCAGCAGCAAUGUGCAAGUUUUCCCAGUACCACUUUGCAUGGUCCAGUGGAAGGUUUUGUCAAUGCCAGUGCUGAUCAGACAGCACAGCUUCAGUCUCCCCGUCCAACGGAGAAGGGGAGGCAAAAAUGGUAUACUUAUGAGCAGUACGGCAUGUACCGAUGCUUAAUUUGCAGCUACACUUGUGGUCAGCAAAGAAUGUUGAAAACGCAUGCCUGGAAGCAUGCAGGCGAAGUCGACUGCUCAUACCCCAUAUUUGAGGAAGAAAAUGAACAAGCUGCGUUGCAGGACCCUGCUGUAUCGGGUGUUCCUCGCAACAUGGAUGCCGUUGUCCUCGCGCUAGAAAAUAAUGAACUGGGUCUCUCUGGUGACCAGGCUGUUCAACUCCACAUUUGUAGCUCUGAGCAAAUGGUGUACAAAACCUCCUUGACAGAAGAGCCUGCGAAAGAGGAGGCGCUCUUAAGUCAAUCGGCUGUUCUCUCGCCCACAGGCAAAGGAGCAGAAGAGACUCUGUCAGAUACUGAUCUGGAGCAAGACAACUUGAUGACCGACAGCUUGCUUUCCUCCGCUCAAAAAAUCAUUAGCUGCAGCCCAAAUAAAAAAGGCCACGUUAACGUCAUAGUUGAACGUUUGCCGAGCGCCGAAGAGCCUGUCUUGCAGAAGCCUUACUCUAUGGACACUGACAUUGAAGCCGAGAAGAAAAUAAUCUCUGAGCAAGUUCGUGUGGCACGCGAUGAGGACGUUUAUCAUAUGGACAAAAGCUCUGUGGAACUCGAAGAAGUCAUAAUCGGAUGGAGCAGUGCGGAGAAGAAAGAUGGCGAUUUAAACCCUGGUAGAGCCAAAGCAGCGGAUGAAAACGCGCCUCCCACCAGAAGAAGAACAAAUUCGGAGUCCUUGAGGCUGCACUCCCUGGCUGCCGAAGCGCUCGUCACGAUGCCCAUCAGAGCUGCAGAGCUAACCCGGUCAAGCCUCAGAGUUUUCGCCGAGGCAAAUUCUAUAGGUUCAGAGGCUGGGCAGAGGCCAGCUGACAACAGCUACGUCGCCCAUUCUAAGCUGGUGACCUCCCUUAAAACAGAGGAAUUGGCAGGCCUGAACCAAACGGACUGUGCUUUCAUGGAAAUACAGAAGGAUAAGCCAGAGCUGGCUGAAGGUCCCAUUAAAAUGGGCAUCAGCAUGUCCCUGCUCACCGUCAUUGAAAAGCUGAAGGAGAGGACGGACCAGAAUGCUUCCGACGACGACAUUCUGAAGGAGUUGCAAGACAAUGUGCAGUGCCAACCUGCAGCCGAUGCCAGCGUGCUGGGGAGCAACCUGGUGGAAUACAUCCCCAAUGUGGAUCGCCCCUUCCGAUGCCGCCUGUGCCACUACAGCAGUGGCAACAAGGGGUACAUCAAGCAACACUUGCGGGUGCAUCGCCAGAGGCAGCCCUAUCAAUGUCCUAUCUGUGAGCACAUAGCAGAAAACAGUAAGGAUUUGGAAAACCAUAUGAUCAACCACUGCAAAACCCGAAUGUACCAGUGCAAACAGUGCGAAGAAUCCUUUCAUUAUAAGAGUCAGCUUCGAAGCCACGAGAGAGAGCAACACAGCCUUCCAGACCUAUACUCGAUGCCGCCGUCUGACAGCCUAAUAACUUGUAGCAAAGUGGAUGAAAGAGUCGGGGAUAGGAUUUCAGUCCAGAAACUUUACAGAUGCGACGUUUGUGAUUACACAAGCACAAUGUAUGUUGGUGUGCGGAAUCAUAGGCGGAUUCACAACUCCGAUAAGCCAUACAGGUGUCGAAUGUGCGACUUUGCCACAACAAAUAUGAAUAGCUUGAAGUGCCAUAUGAGGCGCCAUCCACAGGAACACCAGGCAGUGCAGCUAAUGGAGCAGUUCAAAUGUUCGCUUUGUGGGUAUGAAUGUAGCCACCCCCCUUCUCUCAAGUCUCAUAUGUGGAAGCACGCAAGUGACCAAAACUACAACUAUGAACAAGUGAACAAGGCUAUUAAUGAUGCAAUUUCACAAAGCAGCAGGUUCCCAGGUCAGCUGACUGGGAAGGUGACCGCUGAUGGUUUAUUUCCUUUGAAAAGCAACUCAGAGGGCUUGUCCUUUUCAGACUCCUCUAACCAAACUGCUGACAAAACCGUGAAUUCUGAUGAAAAUCAGAAUCCUACUUCCACAACUAAUACCUCAUGCAAUUCAGACAAAACUGCCAGCCUGCCUCACCUUGGCACAGAAUACUGCGUCCUUCUCUUCUGCUGUUGCAUUUGUGGAUUUGAGUCCACCAACAAGGAGAACUUGUUGGACCAUAUGAAGGAACAUGAAGGUGAAAUCAUAAACAUAAUUCUGAACAAGGACCACACAGCAACUCAGAGUGUAAGAUAGGUGAUGCUGCUGCUUUAAAGGGUUUCAUAAAGUGCUGUUUUCUUGUGUUCUCUUUACAUCACCUGAACUACUUGCUAAAGCGAAAACUGUAAGUAAAAAAAUGCAGUGAUAUUUCUAACGGUCAGAAUGUUAUUUAUGUCAACAAGAAAAUGGAUUUAUUUCACAAGCUCUUGAAGUAACUGAACAGUAAAUACUCCAUUUAGGGAAAGGUCCGCUGAAACCAUUAUCCUCUACUGACAGAGCCGUUUUCAAUGCCUAGUGCUAAUCUAAAGCUUAGCCAUAUAAUAGGAAUUUCACACUAAUGUGUUACCUUAAGGGGUUUAAUCUUACUGCCUUGAAACUAUCUAAAGGGGGUUAAAUUCAUUUUAGGUAAUUUUUUAAAAACUGACAUGACUGACUACAUUUAUGAAGCAGCAUUUCCAGAAAGGGAGAGGGAGACUGAGUAACUGCUUAGGCCUUUAUGGUUCCUCACUCAAUUACUGCUGCUUCUUUUUUAGAAAAGAUAAAAAUAUCUGUAUCUUCCAGCUGAUACAGGCAUCAUAAAAAAGUAGCAAAUUGUUUGGCUUAGGUUAUUUCUUUCAGCAUGAGAUCCUGAGAAUGUAUAAUUAAGUCUUGAUGGACCUUAAUGGUUCACCAGAACUUUCUCAUAUCUCUCUCUAUAAAAUCAGGCAUUUCAGAAUGCUAGAAGUGCCGUAACUUGGAUCAGAGUGGGUAGGAACAAGUGGUCUUAGCUAAACUUUGAAGGGAGGUUUACCUCUUUAUCAAAUAAUAUUUAACACGUCAAAAUCCAGUUUCUUGAGUACACAGAAAUCGGAUGAAAACUCAAUGGAAGUUACGAGCAUACCCCAUUGUAACAUUGUUAUAAAAUAGCCACUAAAACCACUUCAUUCACACUUGUUUCUCAAAAGGAGCUGUUUUCAUGCCUUCUAGAAUACCUUGAGUUCCUGUCUGUGGUUUCAAGCUUCAGCUGCUUAACUGCCAUUGACUUCAGUGGAAGUUCAGCAGCCUCCAAUGUUAUUUUUCUCUUGAAACUAGUGUUAUGUUUCAUUUGGGUGGAGCCCUCUCCCAGUUCUUGCCAUAUUGCUGCAUUUCCCUUUACAAGCAGUUCAUUGCUUGUAAGCAGAUUUGUACACAGAGAUGCAUUAUUUUCAGACAGCUGCAGAACUUUAAAAAUGUAUUUAUUAUACAUUAAAAGCUCAGCUUUCAUGGUGCUAAUUGAGUUUGGGUCACUCCCUGCCCCUCAAAAUUUCUGAACUGUGAAGUUGGACCAAUGGAAAAUAUUUUGUGUCAUUUUAAAAGAAGCUUUAAAUGUUGAAUGCAAAAUAUUUCAAGGCAUUUUGUAGAAAAUCCAAACUAGAAUCCCUAUUACUAUUCAAUCUGUUACUUGUUUCUAAACUAGGUGCAUUUAUAAAAAGUGAGUGCAUAAAUUUACUGUACAACAACCAAGUUUAUUUUAAAUAUGAGAUUGAAAAUGUGGAUUGUGUUCUUGAGAAAUAUAACAAACAGGGAGAAAUUGAGAAGGUGCUAUAUUUCACUUCCUGCUAUGAGCUCUUUAAGACUGAAGAGAAUCCAACUGGUCACAAAUCUUGAUGAAAUACUUCUGGGCUACUACUGUUACCUUUGUAUUCAGUCCUUGCAUCAGUAUUGUAUCCUCAACCUGAAACUUCUGAUGUGCUUAGAAACAGGAAAUUAUUGGGCAACUAUUUAACAGCUGAGAUCAUACAAAGCGUAUCAACAUUCCACCUCCUAUCUGUCUAUUUUCUGAAAUUAGUUGAAAGCUUGGUAAAAAUUACUCGGUUUAUUUUAAAUGUUUCAUUUCAAAACCAUGGCGAAGGCUCUUUGUCACAAACCUUUACUUUGUUUUGUGUUUUUUCCUUAAUGGAUCAUGCCUGUCUGUUACACUACAAGAAAAUUGUGAAACCACAAGCUUAUAAAACUAAUUAUAUUUUUAUUGAAGUUAAGUAUUGAUUUUUAGGCAUGUAAAGCUUUUUGCAGGAAUACAAUAUGUGAAGAACAAUUGAAAUGAAUUGGGGAGGCCAGGCAAGGUGCAUAUGUAUUCAGAAGGUUCUUUUCUUACCAUUUUGUAUAUGUAAUCUUCCAUUACUGUUAAAUAGUAAAGGGAAGUAUUUUAUUUUUAUUUUUAUUUUUUUAAGCUAACUAUAGUCUCAAUACUUAAAAUUUGAUAUUACCUUCAAUCGCACAAGGAGAGCAUCCUUCAUACUGACACACUUUUUUUCUCUCUUCAUUUUAAAGCCCAUGGGUUGCUAUCAGUUCACUCUUCAAAUUUACACCCUUGCCAUGUAGCAGACUUGGGGCUGAAACCAGUUUGUUGAUCAUGUUACCUACCUUGGAAUGUGAGCUGUUUGGAUUUAGGGAGUUUUUGUUUAGAGCACUUUUUCAGACAUACAGCAUGUCUUCCCUCUGUUUUAGGAUUUUAAAAAGAUAAACGCAUACUGCUAACUAUAGUGUUUUAUUUCUUCCCCUGCCCCCAUUUAAUUUAUGGAGAAGCAGAUUCAGUGCUCUGUUCUGUUAUGGGUGAAAAGCUUCCAUUUAUACGUCUGGCUGCAAUUCCAAUAUACACUUGCUUGAGAGUAGAUUGCAUUACACUUGCAUUAUUCCCAUAGAGAUGUGCUGUGGAUGACAUCCUUACAAUGUUCAUCCUGUUCUCAAUGGGAGAAAACUUUCAAUGGAUCAGCAUUGCACUUGUUUGGGCUGGUUAGGAUUAAUUUAGCAUGUGAUACAGGCUAGUAGUAGGAAGAAGGGCAUGAGGGCAAUGGGAUCACAGCUACCCCACUCUUAUGCCCACUGGGCAUCUAAACAUAAAAAGUAAUAUUUAUAUAGGACCGGCAAACACACAAUUAAAUGAUUGCAGGUCCAGAUUAUGAUCUUAUUAUUCUAGUAAAUGUUUACCUGUGUGGUUUGGGCUUUCAUGUGCUUUGGCACAUGUCCAACUGAUGGGCAUUCUGGUUGGUGUAGAGGUAAGAUUAGUAGACAGGGCAUGGAGUGGAUGAUUCUCUUCUCUUGUUUCCCAUCCCCGUAAUCUGACCAUAUUUUAUUUUUCUUAACCAGCCCUUUGACUGUAGCAUAAGCAACUUAUUUGGAAACAUGGUGUUGGAAUCAAUGGAGCUUGCUUCCAAUUAACCGUGGCUUCAACAGCUUCACCAAUAGAGGCUGUAUUCCUUGUUCUUAGCUUGAAAAAACAUUGUGGCAUUCAGCUAGUUGCUGCAUUUUUAAAGCACUUAUUUAAUCAUUUAAAAUGAAAAUGUACAGCUGGUGCUCAAAGUAAUGUUAAAAUAUAUUUAAUAGAAAUGUGCAUUUGAUAUUCAUGGGCAUGGGUACAUAUAUUUUUUUAAGAAAAAAGGAAUUGUAAUACUAUGGCACUGUUUUUUAUAGCCAAAGUAUAAAACUUUUAGAAAACUGACAUGUAAAAGACUGUAGAUCUUGCAUUAUCUGACUGACAGGAUGACUUACUUUAUAAGAUACUUUCCCGCACAUUAAGCUGCAUGCCUUAAGUUCUCUCUAGGUUUGUCUUGUUUGGAAACUACGGAAGCAAACUUUGUAGUACAACUUUGACUACCUUCUGAAAUACUGUACAUUGUUAGAGUAAUUUAUUUUGCUUUACAGAAGUUUUGUCAUGUAUUGACUAAUUGUAUUUUGGUAAUAAACUCCUUUGUUAAACACAUCAA